AUGAGCCAGGUGAUCUUGACGACGCCAUCCUAUCUAGCGAUGAUGGCGCUGCCAGCUCCACCUAGAACCCAACUAAAAAUCACCCAAAUUAACCUCCAGCAUAGCCAGACUGCGACGGCUAACCUACGCAGAUUGCUGGAGGGAAAAACGAAGACCGUGGCCCUGAUCCAGGAGCCGUGGAUCAGGAAGGGGAGAAUCUGCGGUCUAAGCAACAUUGAAGAUUGGCAUGUGUCUGACGACGUGUCGUGCUCUGAUCACCGGUGGAUCAAAUACAACCUAGAAGUCACGCUGACGUCACCUAUACCCCGCCGUAACCCUCGGAAGAUGAACCGCGGCAGGUAUGAGCUUCUGACAGCGGAGAAACUCAAAGGCGUCGUACUACCCGAUAACCAUGAAGGCACGGAGGACAUUGAUAAUCAUAUCAACCAGAUAACCGACUGCCUAAUCACCAGCUUCGAACAAACAUGCCCACUUUCAUCACCUAGAGCGCGACAGUUUUGCAAAGGGCACUGGUGGGGACCGGAGCUCGAAAAGCUACGACGCAGGGUGAGGAAGUUGUUCAACAGAGCAAAGAAUACUUGUCUAGAACACCACUGGGAUGCUUACAAGCAGGCCCAAUAUCACUACAAAAGGCGCAUCAGAAUAAGGAAGAAAGAGUGCUGGAGGCGCUUUUGUACCAACAUAGAAACGAACAAUCAGGCGAACAGAGUUAAGAAUAUAUUGUGCAGCGAACCGGUGCACAACCUGGGUAACCUGAAAAAACCGGAUGGAACAUACACCAAAACGGAUCUUGAAACUUCAGAACUGUUAAUAACUACACACUUCCCAGGAUGCCAAAUCGAAAGAAUUGUGGCAUGGGAGGAAGAGUCAAAGAAGACACCUGUAAUGGUGGACUGGAUCACCGCCAAGGAAAUUGUCACACAUGACAAAGUAAUAUGGGCUAUCAGCAAUUUCCUACCAUACAAGUCGGCAGGACUGGAUAAGGUGUUUCCAGGUCUGCUAAGAUGGAGUGAUAGGAAACUUAUCGACCACCUUGUCUCCAUAUAUAGGUUAUGGAGUUAA